UUCACUUUAUAUCAUUGCCCAUAUAAAACCUCCACUAGGAGCCCCAAUCAUUCUAGUCCCAAAAACAUCACUAACAUCUAUAAUUCUCCCACUUUUGUCUAUUACUUUCAUACCUUCUAACCUCCAUGAGGGCUUCUAAGAAGAUAAUAAGUUCUUGCAAUGAACAACUUGAUGAGCUAAGAAGAGGGCCAUGGACACUUGAUGAAGACAAUCUUCUUAUUCAUUACAUCACUUGUCAUGGCGAAGGACGUUGGAAUUCGCUAGCGAAAGCUUCAGGGUUAAAGAGAACGGGGAAAAGUUGUAGGCUACGAUGGUUGAAUUACCUAAAGCCAGAUGUUAAACAUGGAAAUCUUACACCACAAGAACAAAUCUUGAUCCUUGAACUACAUUCCAAGUGGGGUAAUAGGUGGUCCAAAAUUGCACAAAACUUGCCGGGAAGAACAGAUAAUGAGAUCAAGAACUAUUGGAGAACAAAAGUACAAAAACAAGCUCGCCAUCUCAAGAUCGACUCUAAUAGCAAGAUAUUUGUCGAGGCACUUCGUCAAUAUUUGGUACCAAGAUUGAUAGAAAAGCUGGAGCUUAGUUCACCCUCAUCAUCAUCUACUUCAACCUCAACUAUGGAAAUUAAUCACAAGAACUUCAACUCUCAACCACAAAGCAAAGAAACCCUAAUGGAGAACACAAGUUCAAACUCGAACAUCUAUUCAUCAAAUUCCAAGAGAAUUAUGCUUCCGUACUUGCCCGAAAAUUCAGUCCAAAGCAAUGGUUACAUUGUGGAUAAUAAUAACUUUGAUGUCAUGAGUUUCAACCAGUCAAACACGCAAGAAUUUAUGUCAAGUGACAUGCCAGCGUUCGAGUUCCAAAUGGCGGGGAUUGAUUGGACGAGCAAUGAGUUCGCGGAUGACACCUUUUGGAACAUGGAUGAAUUGUGGCAGUUCAAGAAGUAAUUUACUUUUAUAAAAAAAAUAUAUCUAUAUAUUUACCAGGAAAAAGGUAGAAAGCCCAUGUUUUUAAGGUAUUACAUAGUAUGUUAUCAUAUUGUAUGCCACCACAUAUACUUUAUAAUUAUUAGGUGGUGUAGCUAGUGAUAUUUUUGGUUCUAAGUGUUGACAUGUAGGUAGGAUGUAGGGGGUGGGGUUUGUUACCCCCAAAUGUCAAGUCUUGAGAGGAAAUAUGAAAAGAGUAAAGUGAUAAGCCUA